AUGAGUCGUCAUAAUCGUGGUUCCCCAUAUUACCAUAACCAGCCACCCGUCGUUCGACGUCAUCACCAACAACAACUUCCAGAAGAGAGAGACGAACCGAUAGACGUUCCGAAUGCAAUCGCCACAAUGCCAGUGAGGAUUACGGGAUACCGCCCACUAGAGCCCGCGUCCGCCCUUCAAUCCAUCGCAGCCAGCAACUGUUUGAUGGUUGUUCAGUGUUUGGAACCAAUUGAGAUGAUGACUGGAAUUGAGACUCCGAAUCGGUAUAUUGUGCAUGAUAUGUUUAUGAGACGGAUCCUCUACGCCCACGAGGAAUCCGACUACUGGGAUCGCUCCUGCGACCGAAAUCGUCGCAGCUUCGACCUCCACAUGUUUGAUAACCGUCGCCAACGGAUCAUGAGCUCUUCCCGUUACGGUGGUGGUAGUUGUACCUGCUCUCCGGAUGUCUUGGAGACAUGGCAUCGUGGGAAUUCUAUUGGAUUACUGUCACGUGACAUGUUUGACUAUAGAUUCUACCUCCGCGUCGCCGGGUGUCCCACUGAAUUCUGUAUCGUCGCACCGGACAGUGCUCAGAGUAAUCCGGCAUGUCGGACUCGUCACACACUCCCAUUCCCGAUAUACGUCCAGGGAGGUGCUAAGGUUGGAGAGAUUGUUCGUCUGGAUCCGGGGUAUUUGGAAUGGGUUAGCGAUGCGGAUACAUAUAUGAUUCAUUUUCCUGUCGAUAUGCCUGUCAUCAUCAAAAUGCUUCUACUCCAAGCUACGUUUCUCAUCGAUUUCACUUAUUUUGAGGAUCGUGGACAACAGGGAAACGGAGCGGUGGUUUAUUAUUAG